GCAUGUCACGUGAUGGCAGCUUACAGCUCUCGGCCUCCUUUCUGUGGCUCCUGGUUGGCCCGCUGGCCCUUUAUACUGCAGACAUCACCUGAUGACGCUAACCCAUCUCUGGCACGUGCCAGCCGGGCGGGUGGCCAUUUCCUGGGAAUUUCACCCACAAUUCUCUCUUAGCCGCUCACAGAAUAAAGGGGUCCCUUUCCGCCCCAGGCCCGCAAAAAAUACUGUCGGCGGCGAUGGAAUUUAUUGAAGAUUUGAAGCUUCAUAUCGCACCCCGCGACAAUUAAAAUCGUCUAGCACAGAAAAGAUGGCUCCCCUCGUCGCAUCAGCCGAGGAGCUGGAGCGCAGAAGAAUUGUGAAUAUCAAUGCCGAGACCGUCACCAACAUCUCUUCAACAGAUUUCCCGGGUCAUUAUCCUGGAGAGAACCACGCAUGGGCUCUAGAAAAGUUCAGACAGGGCUUCCGGGUCGAGUUUCACCGCAACGAGCAAUUCGAGGCCUCAUUUUCCCUCAUCGGACUCGAUGCAGCCGUCGCAAACGCUUUCCGCCGUAUUCUCAUCGCUGAGGUCCCUACCCUUGCGAUCGAGUACGUCUUCAUCCAUCAGAACACCUCCGUGAUCCAAGAUGAGGUUCUUGCCUCGCGCCUUGGUCUCAUUCCCUUGAAGGGUUCGGUAGAGGGUCUCAAUUGGAUGAGCUGGUUCAAAAAGCCUACGGAUGAGGAUGACCCCAGCACCGGUAGCACGCCUAGCGAUUACAACACUGUCGUGCUGCGUCUCGAUAUCGAAUGCACGAAGAAUCCGAAUGCUGCCCCGGGAGAGGAGGAUCCUCGCAAACUCUACAACAACGCCCAUGUCUAUGCCAAGGAUAUUACAUUCCACCCCGUUGGACGACAGGAGAACUAUUUCAAGGAUGACGAUGCCAUUCAGCCUGUCAACCCCGAUAUCCUCAUCGCCAAGUUGCGCCCCGGCCAGAGGAUCGAGAUGGAAAUGCACUGUAUCAAGGGAAUCGGAGCCGAUCACGCCAAGUUCUCCCCUGUAGCAACGGCUACCUACCGUCUACUUCCCGACAUUAAGAUCACAAAGCCUAUCAUCGGUGAGGAUGCGAAAAAGUUCGCCAAGUGCUUCCCCCGCGGCGUCAUUGGUCUCGAGACCAUCACCGCAGAGGAGGCAUCGAAGAGGGGUAGCGGGUACGAAGGACAUGAAGGAGAGCAGAAGGCUGUCGUGGUCGAUCCAUUCAAAGACACUGUCAGUCGCGAAUGUCUUCGACAUGACGAGUUCAAAGAUAAGGUCAAGCUGGGCCGGGUUCGUGACCACUUUAUCUUCAAUGUGGAGAGCACUGGCCAGUUUGACAGCGAUGUUCUCUUCCUCGAAAGUGUGAAGGUGCUCAAGCUGAAAUGUGCUCGAUGGAAGAGAGGAUUGACCGAUCUCAUGCAUUAGGCUGGGUCGGUUGACAUGUCCGUUUUGAUAUUCCCGUUUGAUGCAUCGCUUGGCGUUUCCCUGUUUGAUUAUUUUAAGGCAGUCACGGAAGGGCAAUCUAGAUAAUGUUGUCAAUUUUGUUCUUUUCCUGGAGUUGGGACGGAAACAAAAAAGCUUAUAAAGAUAUUAUCAGUCAAUGCAGAUAUGAAUUCUACCCGAUGGCUUUCCCAA